AUGACAUGGAACAUAAUUGCUUGUGAAAGUGGAAGAGUCACAGAUCGCAGCUUCGAUUUUAAGUUAAAUGUCAAUGAUAAAUUUGUUACCUCAGACCGAGAAGUUGCAUCUGAGUUUGAAAAAUUUUUCACUGACAUUCCGCUUUCAACAACGCAAUCACUUAAUUCGUCUCCAGAUAUAAUAAUAGCCUUCAGAAGCCUGGACGUCAAGAAAACAGCUGAUCUAUGGGGUUUAUCUGUAAAAGUCGUUAGUUCGAUAAUUGAUGUUGUCGCACCUCAUCUAGCUACUAUAUUUAAUGGCUGUAUAGAACAUGGUGUGUUUCCUGAUCUAAUGAAACACAGUAAAGUCUCAGCCCAGUAUGAACCAGUAUACAUAGAAAAUGCCGACCCUGAAGGUAAUGGGGCACAGUCUCGUAUCGUAUCUGGUUGGGAGGCACAACCAGGUCAGCACCCUCACCAAGUUUCCCUACGGAUGGUUAACAGAUUAGGAACUGUAACUGGCUGCGGAGGAAAUGUUAUUCACAGAGAAUGGCUACUGACUGCAGCUCACUGUACUGCUUCCCAAGUUUCAUUGAUAGUACGCGCUGGACUUGUCCACAUGACCCGUCCUGAAAUGAUGUUAGAGACUAACGAGUACUACGUCUAUCCCACAUUCGACGCCUCAAGACCACUCGAGGUGCAACUUGAUGACAUAUCACUUGUCAAGCUACAACAACCAUUAAUAUAUUCCGAAAACUUACGUUCGAUUCGUGUACAACCUUCAUCAGAUGCAUUCAGAAACUAUGAUACACAGGUUGUUCGUGCAAGUGGUUUUGGCAGAACAUGGACUGGCGGUUCUCAAUCUGCGCACCUCAUGUGGGUUUACCUAAGGUCAAUUAGCAACCAAGCUUGUGCAAACAUUUUCACGACUAGGUACGUCUCAGCAACUACAAUCUGUGCGAGAUUCUACAAUGUGACUUCACAAUCCAUCUGCCAGGGAGACAGCGGCGGACCAUUGGUGCAUGUGUCUUCUGAUAACGAGCCGAUCCUGAUCGGUAUAAGCUCGUUCGUUGCGGGUAAUCCCCAAGGCUGCCACUCCGGCCUUCCUGGCGCUUUCAUACGUCCUGGACCUUUCCAUGAAUGGUUUACUCAGAUCACUGGAAUAGAUUUUAAUAAUCUGAAAGAAGAUAUUGAGCCAACUACUGUUGCUCCUACGACACCCAGUCCCAGCCCUACCACACCUUCUCCUACCACACCUUCUCCUACCACACCUCCCCCUACCACAGCACCUCCUACAGUCCCUAGUACGCUUCCUCCUACGACUACUUCCCCACCCACCAGUACGACGACUACUUCCCCACCCACCAGUACGACAACUCCUCCAACAACUACUCCAGACCCUGAUGAAGACGACAUAGAUGAUCCAGAACUUUCUGAACUUCUCAAGCGCUUAGAAGUUAUAGUGAAAGUGAAAGUCAGACUUAGUAAAUACAAAAAUAAUAAAGAGGAAAACAUGGUUCUUGUUGAGUAAAUGUAAUCACACAAGAUGAAAGAGUAUAUUGUAUUGUGCAAGUAUAAAAUAUUUAAAAUAAAAUAACUGCUUAUAAUA